AUGGCAACAAAAAAGAAGGGCGCAGCUCAAAGCGCGCACAAGGAUCAGGUGUCUGAUGCAGAGCUUCAGCGCAUCGCUGCUGCCAUUGAGGAAGUUGCGCAGAACUUCCCGCCCAACAUCCGGAACACGGUGAGGCAGGCAGCCCCAUAUCUUGCAAAGGCAUGGAUUUUCCUGCUGACUGCAUUGCCGUACGUCGUGAAGGCCAUCAGAGAGAUCCAGAACCUGAUCGGAAUGAUGCCGGAAAAGAUGCUCUGGGCCAUCCUCAGCUUCUUGGUCUGUUUCUUCGGCGGAAUCUUCCCCGCAACGAUUGCAGCCGCAGAGGCCUGGGCCGCCUGUGGGGGCAUCGAAGCUUGGGAUCAGGCCAAGGUCCUCCUGUCUGAGCUGAUGAAAGUGGCUGAGGCCUCCAAAGAGGAGGAGAAGGAGGAGAAAGAUGGCAAAGAAGUGCAACCGCCUCAUCAAAUCAUCCAAAAGAAGCUGGCAGUUGCUUUAGCAGUGAUGGAACCGGACAAAGUGAGUGGAUCCAUUUCCAGCAUCUACAUUGGGUGGAUUGGUGUGAUCGGUGUACUGAGACUGCAGUUCGCUCGGACUAUAACGCUGGGUGAGGUGAUCGGUGCCAAAGUGUACAAGCCAGUCAGCAAAGCAGAGCCCCUGAUAGAGUCCAUGGUCGCAGAGGAGUAUCAAAAGUGGGUCCCGACGAUAACGCGAUGGAUGUGCAAGUUCGUCGCCAUCAGCCUUGCUUGGUGGAUUCAGAGGGUCAUCUCCGCGGUUCACUCCGCGAUCCGUGGCGGAACCAUCUUCGCGGAGUACCUGGUGGAUUUCCUGCACGAGAAGGGCUAUCUUCAAGUCGAACACAAAGAGACCUACAUCGAUGAGGCCAUUGGCUGGUCGAUAGCUGUGUUGGGCUUCCUGACACAGCUCGCUUUAGGGUUUCAGCUCCCCUUCCUGCUGAACCUGAUCUUGCUUCCUGUUCAGAUCCUGGAAGGCUUUAUCGUUUGGAGCGUCGGCGCUUGA